AUGGCUCCCAGACGAAAGCGCGCCCAAGCCGACUCAGAAGAAGACGUUGCGAAAGAAAACAGCCCACAGAAACAAGAUGGGGAAAAAAGGGCAUCAGCCCGCCGCGAGUACGAUCAAGACGUGAUCAACCACCGCUUGCGGGCUCCCGAUGUCUCCGGCAGAUGGCGGCCGACGCCUAUUCUAGGUGACCGUUACGCCGGUUCCGAGGCAAAAGGUUGUGUAUGGUUGAUGCUGGACGACGACGAUGUCAUUAUUAAACGAGUGUAUCGAAAAGACACCUUCAUGAGCAAAAAAGCCUGGACGCAUCCGACACUCUGGGCGGGCGACGUCAACGACCUCGACACCAGGGAACCGAAUGAGCUGGCAACGCACUCGGAGGUGUCAGGCAAUGAGGGUAUAGUAGAGCUAUUCGUGACCAUGGACCAGAGACUCGUCAAUCGACUCAGCCGAAGCUAUCGAGUCUAUACUUUGUAUGCACCGCAUGAAUCGCUCGGGGACGUCUUUAGGUGGUACAAGGAGGAGCCUAAGAUUCCAGAGCCUUUCAUCUGGUACGUCGCCGAGAAUCUUGCGAAGGCUGGGGAAGCGAUGAAGGGGAAGGAGAUUGUGCAUCGCGACAUCAAACCGGAGAACAUCUUCCUGGAUAACGCUGUCCCCUACCAGUUUGAAAAAUAUCCUCAGCCUUUGCUCGGUGACUUUGGACUGGCGUUUUUCUCCUCGGGACUGAGAAGGGGCAAGGACUUCGAUAUGUACCGUCGUGCGGGCACACUGGGCUUCAAAGCGCCAGAACAGUUUGACUGGUCGAGUGACUCGAUGGACGAGAAGACGAACGUGUACGCGGUGGGACUGGUCCUGUGGAGCCUCGUCACUCGCUCGGAGCCUCCUCAAUUCCAACCGGACGACGCUGUGAAAAUUGAUGGCAUUCAUCCAGCGCUGGAGCUUGCUGAGCAUGACACUGGCGAGGCCAGUAGUGAUUUGGUGGAUCUGAUCGAAAAGUGCUUACAGGAUCUUCCUGACGAUCGUAUCGAUUUCAAUGGGAUGCUGGAGUACAUCGAGCAGCGGAUGCGCUUGGCAGGAUCUGACACGAUUGAUCGAGUGUCGCAGAUGCGGGAGAAUUUGGUGGACGACGCCGUUUGGACGGAGGAGGGUAUCGUGGUCGAAGUGGACAAGUACGAGUUGAAAACAGCGAGGUGGUCGGACCUGGAGGACCAGGAAGCUGUGGACCAAGAUGCUGAGGAUCAAGAAGUUGAGGGUCAAGAAGACGGAGAUCAAGAAGAUGCACAGAAAGGUGACGCGGAAAAGGACAGUGAGGAUGCUGACGCCCAGCUGAAGACUGAAGAGGCUGAAGCGGACGAGGAGGAGGCCAAGAAUGGAGAAGAUGAGAAAGCUGAAGAGCCGCAAGUGUAA